ACAUCGGGCAUGUUUUGAUAUCCCAGACAAGUUUGUAUCCUACCUUCACCUAAAAUGUAAAACAAAAUAGUGUUUAAUUCGUAUUCCAGCCAACUUACCUUCCAACGGCCAUUUCAAGAUCUCUUCCACCACAGUUGACUGCGUUCAAAACUACUGAAACGUCCGCAUUUCGCCCUUCUCCAUUCCUUCAUGCACAGCUUGCUAUGCUGAUUCUCUGUUGAUGAUCAAAUCCUCCAGUUGAAUUUCGCUUUCUCGUUCACGUUUGGUUUCCAUUCCACCCCGAAUGUUUCAUUCGUCUCAACUGUCAGCGGCGAAACUGAAACGCUCUGCUGAACAACUGCCUGCCUGCUUGCUUGUUGACUCGUUGCGCUUCCCCUUGCUGCCAGCUGCCUCUUCCUUCUUCCAUGCUCGUUGACUGCUCUUCUCCACACAUUCGUCGGGCGAAAGAAAGCCAAAAGCAGACGUUUCGUGACUCACGUCGGCCGACACCACAGCACUGGGUAGGCAGAGGCCAGUAGCGAAAAACGAGUCCCGCGAGAGUGAACCGCUUGUUCCGAGUUCCCGCAAUACUUCGCCGCCGUAGUCGUCGUCGUCAUCGUCACCCUCUGGUUCAACUCCGGGUUUCCUUCCUUGUUUGGUGUCGUCGUCGGUCGGUUCGAUUCCCGGAGGUGGUAAUGGUUUUCUUGGUAGCCGUUUGCGUAUCGUAGCAGGCAGGGAUCGGGUUGUCCAACAAGUGUUCGCGAAUACCGCCACUUUGCGGUGUAGAGUUGGCUGGGUUGGUGUCUAGUUGAAGCCCCCGUGUCAACAGGGAAAAGUGAGUGAAAUUUUUCUAGUGUGUCUGGCGCUGAUCAACCGAGAAAGAAGAAGGAGAAGAAGAAGCAGAAGCACCAGCUUAAGUCGAAGAGAUCUCGCCAAGGGGUGCAGAGGAGAGUCGUCGUGUGUAGUAGGCGGCGGUGGUGGAGUAAAGAAGCCGAGCAAGUGAGUGCAACAAGAGCACAACAAGAAGAAGCAGUGCAGCAGUAGUGGUGUGCAAGAAGAGUGAAGAGUGAAAAAUGGGUUGUGCUGUGAGUAGAGAUAAGGAAGCCAUCGAACGUUCGAAAAACAUCGACCGAGCCCUGCGAGCCGAUGGAGAACGUGCUGCCAGCGAGGUGAAGCUGCUUCUGCUAGGAGCGGGCGAGUCGGGCAAAUCCACCAUCGUCAAACAGAUGAAAAUCAUCCACGAAACGGGCUACUCACAGGAAGAAUGCGAACAGUACCGGCCCGUCGUCUACAGCAACACCAUCCAGAGCCUGAUGGCGAUCAUCCGGGCGAUGGGCCAGCUCCGGAUUGACUUUGCCGAUCCCAGCAAGACAGACAUUGCCCGCCAGUUUUUCACAUACGCUUCCGCGACCGAGGAGGGCGAACUGACGCCCGAGCUGGUCUCGCUCAUGAAAAAGCUGUGGACGGAUCCGGGCGUGCAGCUGUGCUUCUCCCGGUCCCGGGAAUACCAGCUGAACGAUUCCGCCGCGUACUACCUGAACUCGCUGGACCGGAUCUCCCAGCACAGCUACAUCCCGACCCAGCAGGACGUGCUGCGGACGCGGGUCAAGACGACCGGCAUCGUCGAGACGCACUUUAGCUUUAAGGGUAUACACUUUAAGAUGUUUGACGUGGGCGGUCAGCGGUCCGAACGGAAGAAAUGGAUACACUGCUUCGAGGGAGUAACGGCCAUCAUCUUCUGUGUGGCACUUUCAGGCUACGAUCUGGUGCUAGCGGAGGACGAAGAGAUGAACCGGAUGAUCGAAUCGAUGAAGCUGUUCGACUCGAUCUGCAAUUCCAAAUGGUUCGUGGACACGUCAAUCAUACUGUUCUUGAACAAGAAGGACUUGUUCGAGGACAAGAUCACGCGGUCACCGCUCACGAUCUGCUUCCCGGAGUAUACGGGCUCCAACACGUACGAGGAGGCGUCCAGCUACAUCCGGAUGAAGUUCGAGAACCUGAACAAGCGGAAAGACCAGAAGGAAAUUUACACGCACCUGACGUGCGCCACCGACACCACCAACAUCCAGUUCGUGUUCGACGCCGUGUCGGACGUGAUUAUCAAAAACAACCUGAAGGACUGCGGUCUGUUCUAGGCAGGGGGAAACGAUACACAUCCUAUUAUGAGACGCAGGUGCACGCAAAUACAUGUCACACUCUGAUGAAGGAGAAGGUUGUUCUUGUUAUUAGUAGGUUAGAAAAGAGAAGAGUAAAGUGCGUAAUUGAACGUAAUUUAAAAAAUCAUGUGAAAUGAGCUUUCAGCGUAGACUAGGUGAGCCUAAAACGAGUGGUAAAAACGUAGAAACGCAAUGUCGAUGUACUGCUGCAAUUUGUCCCUUUCUACUGUGUACUGUAUUGUGUCAGGAGAGAAAAAAUGCGCACAUUUCGAACGCUUAUGUUAAUACUUUCAAAAAUAAUUAUGAUUGCUCUUAAUUUAAAGCUGAAAGACGAAUAAUUUAAAGAACUAGUUUUAGCACAUUUACAAGCCACAAACGCGUGAGUUUAAUCAGUGUUUAUAUAUACCGAUAGUUGUGACUGCAAGAAGAAUGAAGUAUCAAUUGAUCAACAAAUACAGUAAAUAUAUUUUUAUAUUUUAUAGGAGGAAAAGAAAUUGUAUGAAAAUUGCUGUGUACGUUGUUCAACUAAAGCGAAAUUUGUGUCCGCCUUGUUACUGAUGAAAAAGGAAAAUCAUUGAAAAUGUGCAUGUAACUGUUACUAAAAAUCAAACAAAAGAGACUUGUCCUCAAAUUCAAGCAAAGUAAUAAAAAAAAAGUAAGUGAAAUUAUGAUAAAGCAACCAAUAUUUAUACUAACUGUUAGAUGUUGAUAUAAGAAUGACACACGCAAAAAAAGCAAGAAACGAAUUUAGGAAAAGCAGGGCUCUCGGUCUUAAAUCUCACCACAACCCUCCUCUACACUGUCCAGCAUUUUACUUUUUUAUUUUUCACUCCUCUCUGUGUAGCUAUUUAUUACUUUAGACUAUUGCAAAUCCUCUUUUCACGCGCAAAUACUAGCCAUUUUAAUAAAACUUUAUCCUUUUAUCUGGAUAUCUGUGCAAUUUCGCAAACACCGAAAAGUAUCAAAAGUUACGGAAUUUUACGCUAAAAAAGGUUUAUCCGAACAGUUUAUCCAGAUGACAAUCGGAUAACGCACUCUGGAUAAACCAUAAAAUAACGGAUUUAAUAAUUGCUAUCCAAUAACAGGAUAACAGUGAAAAAUUAUCCGAAAAAGUCCGGAUAAAUUAUUCGUUAUCAGGAAUCUUAUCCGGGAGCUUUUUUGAGGAUAAAUUAUUCAAAAAAUAUUCAGAUACAUUGUUCGGAUAAAUGUGAAGUUUAUCCAUACAUUUUUAUCCAGUUCCUAACUUAAUCUGGAUUUUUUUUCUAGUUUUGAUAAUACUUUCUGGAUAAAAAAAAAACAAGAAAUUAUCAUGAACAUCGUUCUGCAGAAAUAAAUCCGUAUCCCGUUAUCCAGAUUUUAUCCGGAUUAUCCUAAAUCGCACAUUUACAUUCUUUGCUCUGAGCAACACGUACGUAGUUCAUUCCAAUCGUGUAGCAUUUUAUUUUUCGCCUAAUAUAUUUCCUGCAUCAAACAUUCUGUCAAAACUCAUACUAAAAAUAUAAUAUCAGAAACAGAAAACAGGUAAUCUUUCCACCCCUCACACUGAAGACUGAAACUCUUUUACGGCUCAUCAAAAUUGGGUUGCGUUGCCCUCUAAAAAAAACUAAUUCGGUUAGCUUUUUGGAAACUCAAUGAAGAAAUCAACUGUGUGAUAACCACAAAUGGCAACGAUUUUUUGGAUACUUUUUCUUAACAUUACAACACAAAUCAACUGAAAGCCUGAGAAAGAGAGAGCGCAAAUUGUAGGGGAAAUUCCUUGAAAUGAGUAUGGAUGCUAACGAAUUAAAGUUUAUAAAACAGUAGCUUCGCGCUAGAUAAUGUUGAAACUAAUGUUACAAAUUAAACAACAACAACAAAAAAACGGAAGAACAAAAACGAAUACACUGUCAAAUUUGUCAAAUAUACAUAUUAACUGUUACUCUGUAUUAAGCAGUGUGAGCCUAGAAGAAAAAAUAUCGACAAAACAAAUGAUAAAUUAUUUUGGGACUGCAUCAAACUUUGUUAGAAGAUGAUAUAUUUUUAAAAAUAGGCAACAAAAUCCUCUUUUCCGUACAUCAAAUGUAAAAAUAGACUCAAACCCACAAAAAAAACCCACGAAACUCAAAAGAAUGCGCAAAACUUUGAUACCAUUUUUGGUGUGAAGAAAAUAAACCAGGCACAACAAAAAAAAACAUCCAACCCAACACAAGCAAACUUCGCACAUGAAAUGGAAAUGAAUGUAUUUUAUAAAUGUUUUUUGCUUAUAUACGUGACAAAGGAAAACAACAACAAAUAAUGAAACAAACAUAACGAUACAAAACAAAGAAAAGCAGUGCUAAAUCUAUACUACAAACAGUGAACAAAAAAAAGCAGAAUAGGAAGCACUCGGUUUGUUUUCCUUACCGGUUAAUUUAUCUUUCACUUUUUUUCCAGUAUAUAUUAUUAAACAGGCAGAAAUUCAAGUUUUGAUAAAAUAUAUAUAUUUGAAAAAUAA